UUGAGGGUUCUGCAGGACAGGCUGAGCUGGUCACACUGACCCAUCGGAUCAUGGCGGUGGCAGAGGUCAGCCCUCUGACCACUCAUGUGCUGAACACCAGCGAUGGAGUCCCAGGGGCCAAAAUGGCCCUCAGCCUGCACCGCCUGGACUCCAAUCUGAUGGUCUGGACCAUGAUGAGCGUCGGGACAACAAACGAAGAUGGCCGCUGCCCAGGACUCGUCACCCGGGAAGCUUUCACCCCCGGCAUGUACAAACUGCGUUUUGAGACGGGUUCGUACUGGGAGAGUCUGGGUCACACCUCCUUCUACCCGUAUGUCGAGAUUGUGUUCACCAUUACUGACCCAGCCCAGAAGUUUCAUCUCCCUCUUCUGAUGAGUCGUUUCUCCUACAGCACCUACAGAGGAAGCUGAGAGCUCUCAGCAUCACACGCUACACACAAAAAUAAAGAUCUCUUUCUAGUUUAAUAGCACAGAUACAUCUGAGUAUCCAAUCCGGCUGUUAAUGUUUGAAAUACUUGAAUAUAAGAAUAGCACACAUUAUAGAAUAUUGUACAAUAUUGUUGUAUGUUACAUAUAUGUAUGUUACAUAUACUGAAUACUGAAUACAGACAUCCUUUGGGAGUUCAGGCAUGAAUGUGGCUCAAAAUGCACAGGAACUUUGAGUGUGAAACUAAACCUGAAAAGCCCUGAUUGAAAACAGGCCAUUCCCCAUUUAUUAUUAAAUUGACAAAUAACUGAAUGAUGCAACACAAAGGUCACGGUCACAUGAAUGUGUUGAUAGUUUUGAUUUUUGGUAAUCUAAAAAAUAAGUUUUGGUAUGCAAAGUUGUUUAUCUUACAGUUAUUAAAAAUGAAAAUGACUGAA